GAGGGGCGAAGCGUCGGAGUGGAGUCUCGCGAGAGCCGCGAGAGGAGAAGAAGAAGACAGCGAGGCUGGACACUUCAACAGUUUGCGGCGCUGUGCGGCCUGAAGAUGUGCUGCAGCGACUGCCGCAUCAUGUGAGGCCUCUCCAGCAAGGCAGUGGUUUGCCGGGCUUCGCACCAACUAGUCAUACCAGCCAGCAUGUGGAUAUCAUGAUGGUGGUCCGUUGUUGACCUCACGCCACCCGACCCUGAGGGACCGACGAUGAGGACGAUCAAGGUGUGGAAGAAGGUGUUAGCAGGCGUCAUCAUGGUAUUUCUGGCCUACGGACCAACUCCGCUGUGUGGCCAGGAGGCCGUAGACGAACAGACACCAUACAGGCAGCACGGUGACCUCCUGACCUCGUUUUCACUCAAGUGGGCUGCGACUCCCACCACAGACAGCGCGGGGCAGGCGACCUUUGACCCAUGGUCGUUGUCGUCGUCAGUGCAGUCUGACGAGUCCACGGCGGCGCUGCAGUCGAGCAUCUUGAGGAAACUCCUCACUGAGGAGGAUGUCAGGCGCUUGGAGGACCUCCUCCCGGGGUCUGACGGCACGUGCAAGGGUUUUUCUCGCUCGGAGAAGACCGUCAUCGGCUGUCUCGUCAUCGCUGGCAUCUCACCUUCCUUUGCAAAUGUUGUGCGCCACCUGUACAACACCCUUGUGAAGUCCGGGUACCAUGAGCAGAGCUCACCCCCUGAGGGUCUGCGCAGGCGCCGUGCAGCUCGCAAUGAUCUACCCGAGACUUCUGGAAAUCAGCGAGAGGAUCCGAAAUCUUUGGUCAUUCUUCGUCUCGUCGUCAAGGUAGACAGCAGAGCUGUUUCCAUAGAGACAACGCAAGACAGGCUUCGAAAUCUGACAGCAGAGGAGCUGGAGUCUCUCUUGUUCUUGCCGGUAAUUUCGUCUUUGGAAGAAAGCAGACUGUCUUCUGGGUUGGACAUAGAGACGAUGUCAUUGUUCUCGGAAAAGCUCGUCCAGAGUGAACAUUCCUCAGCAUCCAGUGUCAUCUCUGUCCUGCCUACAGUCCCACCUCCACCAGACUUUCAAUCGUCGAGAAAGUCAUCGUUUCCUGACCUUUCCCCAUCAAUCCUGCCCAGUGAAGCCUUGUCAGCUCUACCCAUCCUCACCUCCUCAACCUUGUCAAGCCUGAGCCCUACUCAGACUUAUUUUGUGAUAUCAUCGACUGAUGAGGACUAUGAUGUGGGGUCAGCGACUAUCUUGUUUGAUUCCGGGAUGGCUGAGGGGAGUGCUUCUACCCAGAGGCCAGUGAGCAGCUCGGUGUUGGUGUGGAGUCAGCCUCGCAGGACAGUCACGUGGAAACCUCACCAGAUACUAUUGCAAGAGUUCAAAACUCAUUAAAUCCGAGUUCAGUAGAGCUCUGGGACCACAGCACUGUAGAACCAUUAGAUGAUCUUGCACACAAGCUCGGAAUUCAUCCUCGUGCAGUGUUGUUAUCAUCAAAGGCUGAAACUGUUAGCAUUUUCACAGACUUAACAGGGUCUAGCCCUGAACUCGUCUCUACACUAACACCAUCAAGUCUGGGCACAACCAGUCAGUCCCUGGCGCAGGAGAAGAAAAUAAGCUCGUCAUGGAGAUGAUGAAAGGGACAGAAUCAUCACAUCAGUUCUCUACAGUGUCAUCAGAAAUAGAUGCCAGGUCAUUUUCAAACAAACACGAUGCCCUGACAACGCCUGGCUCUGUAGCAGCAGACAUGUCAGCUGACACUGACAUAGGCUCUACAAGCCAUUCUGACUCCAUGACAGUGGAUGGUGAACACGUGACAUCUGUGAGGCUGGCCCCCAGCUCCGCUGUCACUGAACAAACAUUCCAACUGUCGCCGAGCCUUAAGUGAUGCUGUUAUAUCUUCGCCUUCAUCUUCAACCUCUCAGCCCGAGUCUGAUGCAGGUUUGAUGCUUGGGGUCAACAGGUUAUCGACUGGGGUGAGCGAUUUGUCCCUGGUGCCGUCCACCGCACGAUCUCAGGUGUUCCUGGACAGCACUCGCAGCUCGCAGACAGAGCUUUCACACACACCAUCGUCACGUGACGAGCGUUUACACUCGACCUUCGCUACUACAGUCAUUUCUUCCUCAGAGUUCGCCUUUCUACAAAUGGCACACCCCGGGACGAUGCAGGCGUCGUCUCAGUCCGCGCCAGGUCUUGUAUUGCCAUCUUCACCGAGCAUAUCAGAGCCGUUGUCGUCGUCAUCAUCAUCACCACCACCUUCAUCAUCAGUAUCGUCACCACUUUCCCCUUCAUCGUUACAACCACCCUCCUCGCCAACGGCUUCCGUUGUACAGACCUCGUUCCUCUCCACGUCAUAUGACGUCACUGUAAACGUCACGGAGGGCCCCACAUUUUCUCGCUCCAACGAAUCCAUCACCGACAGCGUCUGUGAUACAAUCAUCUUUCGGAACUUCUGGAACUCAAGACUACUCUAAAUUUUACUUUUCCUUACCAGCUCUACACCCUCAGUCACUCAGCAUCACAUCAUCAUUCAAUGGAGAAGCUUCAUCUCGUUUACCUUCGUCCAGCUUGGAUGACAAUGCCUUGCCCACCAGUACGGUUCGUGGGCUAUCGUCUUUCUCCUCCCAAGAACAACCGUCCCAACAGUCUCAGCAGCCGUUCGAAGGUUCUAGUACUCAAAGAACAGAAAACACAGCUGACCACACAGUCCAGUCAGCAAGUGCUGUUCUGUCAGGGGAGACUUCUGUCAUGGCGAGAACUGACGAGAUAACAAACUCGCGGUCUGAACUGCCCGGCCUCAGCUACCCAACACAAGUUUUGUCUUCAAACUAUUACAGUGACUUUCGUUCCCCAGACUUCAAAGUCGACAUGACAGUCUCUGAUAUAUUAAGAGCAACACCAGUCACUAUGGCAACACUUUCCAGCUUACAUCUUGACUCAGCAUCUUCCUCGUCCGUAUAUUUACAGAGUCAGCAAAUUUUGUUGUCUAGUUCUAUAACCGAACAUCAGGAACUCGUCAGCAAAUCUUCUCAGUCGGACAUUUGCUCGCCAUCUUGCUCUAUUCGCCCGACGGUUGCCUUUGACGAGCAGACGACGAAUGUUCAAACUCCUGUGAUGACCUCGGACCAACCUCCAAGACGUCUUGAAGAAUCUAUAACGAGGUUGGAACAAUCUACUUCAGCUUCUCUUGAACCUACAAUGACUUGGGAUCAGUCUCCAUCGAGUUUCCUUCAACCCUCAGUUACUUUGGACCAAUCACAGUCAAUCUUUUCUCAACCUUCGUUUACUGUGGACCAAUCACUGUCAAUCGUUGUUAAACCUUCAACUACACCGAACCAAUCAUCAUCAAGUUUUGUUCAACCUUCAGAUACAUUGUAUCAAUCUUCAAGUUUAAUUCGACCAAGCAAAUAAUUUGGACCAGCCUGAAUACAUAUCUCAGAAUAUCACAUUGACAUCGAACCAAUACCCACUAACUUCUGAGAGUCUCGAACCAUCAAACAAUUUGGACCAACCGGCAUCCAUGUCUCAUACUAUUGCAUUGACAUCGAGCCUAUACACAUCAACUUCAGACAUUCUCGAACCGUCAAAUAAUUUGGACCAAUCGGCAUCCAUGUCUCACACUGUCACAUUGGCAUCGAACCUGUACACCUCAACUUCUGACAGUCCAUGAAAUAAAACUGAGUGAGCUUCUAUCAGAUUCUACAACAACCACAAUGAUUUUAGGCUCAAAUCCAACCCCUUCCACAAAUCACAUAUCCAACCAAUAUUCCUCUGUUCAUUUUUCUUCAAUAAUUUCGGACCAGUACAUAGCAAACUUUGUUAGUUCUACAAUUCCAGUGGACUUCUAUGCAUCUCGCUUGGUUAACUCUGUAUCGACAUUCGACAGUCAUCAAUCAGACUUGUAUAGUCCCGCCAUGAGUUUGGACGAAGUGAGUGAAUUAAGUUCUGUAAGUCUUGCUGUGCCUUUGGACCUUCGUGUGUCCAGCUCUGUUAGCCAUACGGAGACUUCUGAUCUUUUUUCAUCGAGUUCUGUUCCUCCUGCAGUGAUGUCUAGCUUGUCGCCAUUAAGUUCUGUUGCUCCAGGACGGUUCCACCCGAGCGCCUCGUCAGCGGUCUCCAAACUAUUGCAACCCUUCAGAAGCUGAUCUUGUACCUCGGGAAUCCCAGGUAGCGAUGUUCUCGAUACAGUCGGUUUUUUAACAUCGUCAUACACUGCAUCCGAAAUGUU